AUGAGCUCUGUCACCGAGUUCUAUCGCUCGCAAAUCGGCGGCGAAUCCGUCAUCAACUACGCCUACACCGACUUCCCCUGGAGGCUCCUCGCCAAGGACGUCUACUACUUCUUUGUCUACUGCUGGGCUCUACCUUGGGUUUUGUUUCCUAUUCGCACGUAUGGCUCAGAUGAGCUUGACGAGCUAUAUCCAUCCUGGAUGAACAUAUUCUGUGUCGCCGUCCAUGUCUUCUUGUUCGUCUUUCAGUUCAUCUUUCUUGUUACCCUGCCAUUUGUCAUUAUUUUCCCUGCAUGGAUGGGAAUCGCCGGUAUUGUGGCCUUCCAUUUUCUAAACAGAUUAAUCUGUAUGCUGCUGAAUGGCACGGAACUCAUCUUUCACUCUGAUGAAAAGUAUGCAAAGUCGCAACCCGAGCAUGAGAACGAGCAGUGGGUAUUUUUGAAUGGCGUCUCCGUCGGCCAACACUGGAUGAAGAUGAAUCUAAAUCGUCUAGCCCUUACAUUUGGUCGCCCAAUUCUCGGCAUCCACAACCGGACCUCUGGUGUUCUUUUCGAUGUCAUCGAGUGCCUCGUGCAGCGCAACUUCUCAUACGCAACUACCGAUAUUCGUGUCUGCUAUAAGCACCUCAAGGACAUUCUUUACGACCCAAAAAAGUCAAAGGUCGUCUUCAUCAUGCACUCUCAGGGCGCCAUAGAAGGCGGUAUGGUUCUAGAUUGGCUCCUCCAGGAGAUGCCCCAGGAUCUACUUGCAAAGCUUGAAGUGUAUACAUUUGGCAGCGCCGCCAACCAUUUCAAUAACCCGCACCGCCACGUCAUAUCGCAAGAUUUAACCAGGUCAAGGCCUCUUGAAGCGAUGCAGACGCUCGUCUCUGAGGCCUGCUACGAGACUCCAGUCACCACCCCGCUGGAGGUAAAGAAGGAUCCUAUGAUCACUGCUUCUAUGCUGCGAAGAUCUUCUUCCUUGGCUUCGUACCACACCGCCUCUGCUGCCAAGGACAGAGCUAUUGGCCAUAUCGAGCACUAUACGCACAACACCGACUUUGUUGCCAUAUGGGGCAUUCUCCAUUUUGCAACAAACAGAAUGGCUUGCUUGCAGUUGCCUCGGUUCCUUGGCCGCCUUUUCAACCGUUCUAAUGGUCACGGCGGACAUCUUCUCGUGCAGCAUUACCUGGACGGCAUGUUCCCUCUGAAACGCGACCCGGAAACUGGAGAGUUUAUUGGAGCUGACGAGAAGAAUGAGUUCAUGGAGGAGGUUAUCAAGUUUGGUAUUGAGGGUACCGCUAUGGAGAACGCACGAGAGGCCUUUGAGAUUAGUUAUGGAGGUACAGGGGGAUUCGGUACGGGUGAGAUAACGACCCCUAUCGAGGUUUACGACCAGUUCUCUGCGCGUAAGAGACACAAAAAGGACGUCAAAGUCAAAGAACUCAGCAGGUUGUGGAUGUACAGGAACGGAAUGAGUCCUCCUGAGAAGUCACAAAUGUUGCCAGCCGAGUUGAUCGGGAUCGCUAGGAACUCGACGCUAUGA